UACUUGCCCAAUCAGCAUCAAUGUAUCCAUCAAUCUCCAAAUAUUUCUUCUUUUCUAAGAAAACUCCAAAGCUGGCUGUUCCCUUUAAGUAUCUCACGAUUCUCAUGACAACAUCCAUAUGAUCUUCCUGAGGCUGAUGCAUGAAUUGACUGACAACUCCAACUGCAUAUGUGAUGUCGGGCCUAGUAUGAGAAAGAUAGAUAAGUUUAGGAAUAUUCCGUGCUUGGAUCUCAACACUUCAAUUCCUAGGAAGUACUUUAAAGCUCCCAAGUCCUUCAUUUCAAACUCCCUGGAAAGAUUCUCCUUUAGAUUUUGGAUCUCUUCGGCAUCAUCUCCUGUUAUGAUCAUGUCGUCAACAUAGAUUAUUAGACAUGUCAUUUUGCCGUUCCUCUUCUUUAGGAAUAGUGUGUGAUCUGAAUGGCUCUAUUUGAAGCCAUGUUUGAACAUUGUCUGGCAAAAUCUUCCAAACCACACUCUGGGGGAUUGCUUUAACCCAUAUAGAGUCUUCCUCAAUCUGCACACCUGUCCUUUUCCAAAUUCUUCACAAAAACCUGGGAGAACCUCCAUGUAGACUUCUUUGUCUUUCUCAAGUUCUCCAUGAAGGAAGACAUUUGUAACAUCAAACUGGUAUAAUGGCCAUUCCUUACAUGCAGCUACAGAUAGAAGUGCUCUUACUGUAUUUAGUUUGGCCACAGGGAGAAAGUUUCUUCGUAGUCUACUCCAUACACCUGAGUAUAUCCCUUAGCAACCAAUCUUUCCUUGUAUCUCUCGAUUGAACCAUCUGCACGCCUUUUUAUGGUGAAGGUCCACCGACAUCCUACUGGUUUCUUUCCCGGAGGUAGAGUACACUUUUCCCACGUUUCAUUUUUUAUCAAGGCAUCAAUCUCCUUCUUCAUGGCUUCCCUUCAGUGCUUGUGUUUCAUUGCUUCUUCGAAGGACUCCGGAAUCUCUUCUUCUUUAUAAAGUGCAGCUUCGAAUGCCCUAGCCAUUUCGGUAAGGUGUCCCUGGGUGAGAUUGGCAAUACUGUUUCUAGAUUUCCGCCAUUUCCAGUCUGGCGAAUAUCUCCGAGGAGGAAUGCCCCUUGUACUUCUUUAGGGCAAUCUGCCGUGCCCUGUCUCUUGUUCCACCGGGGGUUCAUUUGUGUCACCUCUGUUUUCCCUGUCACUGUUAGUGGUUUCAGGUAGGGUACCAAUAUUGGGAUCAGAAGUGUUUACCUCAGAAUUCAAAGACUGGCCAGAUAGCUCGGUGGGAUCCUGAAGCGACACAUCAUGUUCUUGGGGAUUUGACUGGCCGAUGGUACUGCUAACUUCCUCCGUUGGACCAACUUCUGUGACAGGAUUUUGGUCUGACUCAUUUGUUUGGUUGUUCUCUCCCUCCCCCUGAAUGGUAUCUCCCCAAAGAGGUAGCCAAUUUAGUGUGUCACUACUCGAGUUUUCUAACUUACUCUCCCCCUGACCGCUAGAUUGGCUAUAGAAAUAUUCGCUUUCAACAAAGUCGUAGUUCAUAGUUGUGUACAUACGAUCUGUCGAAGGGUCAUAGCAUCGAUAACCUUUUUUAUUUUUCCCAUAACCCAAGAAGACACAUUUGACUGCACAAGGUGAGAAUUUGUCACGAUCAUGUUUGGGGAUGUGAACAAAUACGGUACAACCAAAAAUUUUAGGGUCGAGAUGGAGGGACGAUGGUACCGAGUUUUGGGAAGAGAAGACCUCUAGAGGAGUUUUGAAGUUAAGGAUCCCAGUGGGAAGACGAUUUAACAGAUAGACGGAAGUUGCGAUGGCUUCUGGCUAGAAGGAUUUUGGGAUGUUUGAUUCAAUGAGUAGGGCACGGGUGAUUUCUAGGAUAUAUCGAUUUUUCCGCUCGGCUACCCCAUUUUGUUCUGGUGUAUAGGCACAUGAAGUUUGGUGAACAAGGUCAUUUUCAGUGAAGAAAGAUGUCAUCUUAGAGUUCACGUAUUCCCUCCCAUUAUCAGAUCUAAGGAUUUGAAUUCUAGAGUUAUAUUGGGUUUGGACAAGACGAUAAAACUCAGUAAAUUUCUCAAAAACUUCUGAUUUUGUUUUCAAAAAAUAAAUCCAAGUCAUACAUGAAAAAUCAUCAAUAAACAACAAAAAAUAUCGAAAACCUUGUCUUCCAGUAACCGGAGCAGGGCCCCACACAUCAGAGUGAACCAAAGCAAAAGGUGAUUUUUCUCUGGUGUUGUUUAAUUUGAAGGAAUGUCUGUGACUUUUUUGCUAAAACACAAGUUUCACAAUUCAAAACAUGGGUAGAAGAAACUAACUCAGGAAAGAGUAGACGCAGAUAAUUUAUGGAUGUGUGCCCUAACCGGCGAUGCAAGAGCCAAAUCUGUCUGUCAGUUAGUCCGUGAGUUAGCAUCGCAGUACUCUGUUGGGCUAUCUCAUCCACGUAGUACAAUCCAUGUCGCUCAGUGCUACGCCCAACUAUCGUCCUUGUCUUGAUGUCCUGUAACAUACAAAAAUGAGGCUGCAUUGGCAAUUUGUAGUUGAGAUCUCUUGUUACAUGACUAACAGGCAAAAGUUUGUGGGACAAUGAAGGAACAUAAAGACAGUUUGAGAGGCGAAGGGUUGGUGAGAUAGUGACAGUUCCCGCCCCUCUACUUGUGCUAACUCCCCACUAGCUGUUUGGACAAAUUUUUUUAUGGAUUGAGAAAUAUCGAGGAAGUCCAAUGCAUCAAAGGACAUGGUAUCGGUUGCCCCACAGUAAAAAAUCCAAUGAUAGUCUUUAUGUCCUACGUUUGAGGAAGAUGGGUAUGCUAAAGCUUGGAAUUUGUUUGUACAAGUAAUGGAAGGCUGAAAUUCAAAAAUUUGGAUUUUGUUUUCAGAAUUUUCGAGACUUGGGGAUGUUAUUUGGGUCUUUUGGACAGAUGCAUGUUUUUUGUAUAAUAUUUCGGACAACUGAGGUGAGUUAGCAAAUUUCUGAAAUUGCUUAGGUGGCUUUUGCAGUUUCAGAACUCUUUGGGGUGGUUUUUGUGAGAAAUGUUUGGAGUGGGGUCGGAUCUGGGAUAGUGUAUAAGUUUUGGGUUUUUUUUUGCAAAGUGUGGAGGGUUUUUUUUUGAAAAUCCCACACAAGAUUCAGAAUCAGCGGCGCAUUUCUUUCAUCUUCUCCCAAAUUCCUUUCUUCUUCUCCUCGGCUGAACCGAAUCCCCAGCUCUACCGGCAGCAGCUUCAACGGCGUAGGAAUUCGUCAUAUUUUCAGAUUGCACUAGAACAAGAGCCACUGCUUCAGCCGCCGCUGCCUCCGACGCUGCUUCAGGAGCAGCCGCUGCCACCGCUUCAGCCCCGCCGUCGCUGCUCUAGCCGCCGCUUCAGACGGAUACUGCUCGGCUGGCGACGCUGCUUCAGAUGGAUGCUGCUGCUGCUGCCGACGUCGACGCCUACUGAUGUUGCUGUUUUUGCCGCCGUCGUCGACGAUGCUGCUGUAUGUGACGGGUGGAGCUGCAGACAUGUUACUCCUUCGGCUGUUCGCCUGUGUUGCUGCAGCAGUGCAUUUCGAUCCUUCGCCGAAGAGCGAUCCUUCGCCGAGGUUCUUCGGCAGGUAGGAAUUUUGGCUUUGGUUUGUGUAGGAUUUGUACAAAUCAAUUAGAUUUGAGAUUGUCUCGAUCAAUAGCUCUGAUACCAUCUUAAAGAUGGUAAUCGAGAGAGGUGGAGAAAGAUUGGUUAGGCAUUUGGAAGAUAAAAGUGUAUAGAGAAAUAUUUUAAUGCUUGUUUUUUUUGUUGUCUAUUCAAAUGUUCAUUAUCCUAGUAUUUAUAGGGUGAAUGAGAAUGUUCUAGUAUAACAAUAAAUGGGAUUGGAACUCUACAAUGCUUAGGAAAUAAACACCACUUGGUACUCUACAAAACUUAUGGACUCUUCAUCCAAAUUGAAUGUUGGGCGGCAUAUUUGGUACUCUACAAAACUUAUGGACUCUUUAUCCAAAUUGAACGUGGGGCGGCAUAUUAAUGUCGUUGCUCUUUCCAACAAGAAGAUUCAGAAAGAAGUCAUCCAACGACUUAGUAGCGACCCCUCCUGCGGAGAUUUUUAGCUGGUAGCUGCACAAAUGGGGUCUCAAGCGAAUAUGGACAAGAUGCAGCAGCGCCAGAAUUAUCGCAAUCUCUGGCACACCGAUCUCAUGCGCACAAUCCAAAAUGAUCCUCCAUAUUGCUGCUUGUCGUUUUGGUGUGGCCCCUGCGUGUCGUAUAUGCUCCGCAAAAGAGCACUCUACAAUGACAUGUCCCGGUAUGUGUGCUGUGCUGGGUAUAUGCCUUGCAGUGGUCGAUGUGGUGAAAACCGUUGCCCAGAAUUUUGCCUUGCAACUGAGGUUUUCCUGUGCUUUGGAAAUUCAGUUGCCUCUACUCGGUUUUUGUUGCAAGAUGAAUUCAACAUACAAACAACACAGUGUGAUAAUUGCAUCAUUGGUUUCAUGGUGUGCCUCCAACAAUUUGCUUGCAUUUUCUCUAUUGUUGCUAUGAUAGUAGGAAGUGAAGAGAUCUCAGAGGCUUCCCAGAUUCUGUCAUGCUUGUCUGAUAUGGUGUAUUGCACGGUUUGUGCUUGUAUGCAGACACAACAUAAGAUUGAAAUGGACAAGCGCGAUGGUAAGUUUGGCCCACAACCGAUGGCAGUUCCACCCGUCCAGCAAAUGUCACGCCUUGAUCAGGCAUAUCCCUCUACUGUCGGAUACCCUCCACCCGCAUAUGGGCAGCCAACUUAUCCUCUUCCACCCGCGUAUGGGCAACCAAAUUAUGCUCCACCCGCGUAUGGGCAGCCAACCUAUCCUCCUCCCCCUGCAGGCUAUCAGAGGUGAGCUUGUGUUCUUUCUGUACUGUUGGCGGAGUUGUUCGAAUAUAUCAUCAGGAGGUUGUUGAUAGAUAUUCAUAAACAUUGUCCGUUGUACAGUAUUUUGUUGGUUCUUUGUUGUGUGUCACAUAUAUAAGACCUAAUUUUUUAAAGCCUUUGCCAUGACUUGAGAUUGAUAAUAAAAUGGCAUUUACAUGUU